AUGCGAACGGGCUCUGCCCUCUGCGCUGAAUGGUGGCUUCCUGCGGGAGGUUUUCACCGCAUCCCACACAACUUCCAUCGCAACGUGCCUCUUCUGCCCGGCAGCGCUUCAGUCCCUGGCCGCAGCCCGCGCCAGCCGUUCUCCACCCUAACCUCAUUUCCUACAGCCGAAGUCCGAAGCUCCGCGGCCGCCCUCGGCGCGUUCCCGCCAGCCGCCGAGCCGGGGAAAACGGAGGGCGGUCGAAGCGAGGACGCCGAGCAGAAGGGGCGGGCCGGGAGGCCUGGUACUGUGGCCCUCCGUGAAAUCAGGCGCUAUCAGAAGUCUACCGAACUUUUGAUCCGCAAACUUCCCUUCCAACGUCUGGUGCGUGAAAUUGCUCAGGACUUCAAAACAGAUCUGCGCUUCCAGAGCGCUGCUAUCGGUGCUUUGCAGGAGGCAAGUGAAGCCUACUUGGUUGGCCUGUUUGAAGAUACCAACCUGUGUGCUAUCCAUGCCAAACGUGUCACAAUCAUGCCAAAAGAUAUCCAGCUAGCACGCCGCAUUCGUGGGGAGCGUGCCUAAACUUCACCAUGAUGGGUUUGUCAUUCUCGAAGCAAAAUCUUCUUCCUGUUAUUGGUAGUAAUGAACGUUAGAUAUUUUUUCCAUGGGGUUAAAAGGUACCUAAGUAUAUGGUUGCAAAUGGAAAAAUAGGGGACAGAAUUGGGUAUUGGCAAGUUUUUUUCCAUUUUCAUUUGUGUGUGGAUUUUUAAUAUAAACGAGGGGACAAAACAUUUAAUGCGGUCAAAAAAAUGUCUGAGUGAACAAGUUUCAACAAUUCAACUUUAUAAAAAAAAAAAGAAAAAAAAGUAUAAAUAAGCCUGUCAAAUUUUUCUGGACAAUGCCAGCAUUUGGAUUUUUUUAAACAAGUAAAUUUCUUACCAAUGGCAACUAAAUGGUGUUUGUAGCAUUUUUAUCAUACAGUAGUUUCCAUCCAUUCACUAUACUUUUCUAACUGAGUUGUCCUACAUGCAAGUACAUGUUUUUAAUGUUGUCUGUCUUCUGUGCUGUUCCUGUAAGUUUGCUAUUAAAAUACAUUAAAUGAU